CUCGUCCCGUCAGUCCAUCCUCUCCUCACCCCUCUCCCUUCGGCUGGUUGGCACUCGACUCGUCCAUUCUCUCUCCUACAACCUCAUCUCCCCCCCCCUCCGACCUCCAUGGCGUCCUUCCUGCAGUCUCUGCCGCUCUGCUCGGCCGUUCGCAAGCAGUCCUCCUCCACCGUCCCCUUCUACCUCCACAAAGCCACACAGCCCAUUGCUUCAUCGGGGACGCGUAGCUCUUUCUCGACGCUAUGCUCGUCUCCUAGCUCGAUCACCUCUCAAACCACUCUCCUUCCCUCCCUCCGCCCCAACACACACAAGGCUGCCGCUCAGCAAUGUCGAACCUUCCUCGUUCAACUAAAGCGGCAAUCCCAGACCCUGAAGGGCAGCCCUCCGGCGUCGCAACCCGCGGCCAACCUGCAACUUACGAACCUCCCCUACUUCAUCCGUCGCACAGCCUCCAACCAGCUUCCCGUCUAUCUCGUCACCAAGGCCGGUGGUACCAAGCAGCAGACCAAGCUCCAGAAGACCGAGGGCGAUCUGGAUGCCCUGAGGAACGAUCUGGCACAGUACUUGGGCGUUGAGUCGGGCGACGCGCGCGCUCCCAAGAGCUCCGAUGUAACAAUCAACCGUCUCAACGGCCACAUCGUUGUAAAGGGCUGGCGGAAACCCGAGAUUCUCAAGUUCCUCGAGGAACGUAAUUUCUAAACAAGAGGCACCGAAAAAAAAAAGACGCAUCCCUGGAUCCCUCAGUCGACUCCGCCCCUCCCACUUUCCUCCAUCGUCUAUAAUUCAUCUACGAUCCGACGAUUCUGUCGC